AUGGAUGCAGGCAGAGCCUUGCCCGCCCCGUUCAACGAGAUUCGCCAGAUUCUAGAUGAGGGCUCCAGGCCAGAGCCCGGCAGUUUUGUCGAUGUCAUUGGCCUGGUGACGGACUGCCGACUGCCCAUGCCCACGACCGGCACAGACUUCAAAAGCACCCUAACCCUCUGUGACUUGUCCACCCAGGUCGACGGCGGCUAUGGCAUUGUCUUUAACAUCUUCCGCCCCAAAGAGGCCAUGCCCCAAGUUAGAGCCAGGGAUGUCGUGGUCAUCUUCAGGGCCAAGGUGCAAAAAUACAACGGCUCCAUGUCUCUGAUCAGCAACCGCGCCACUUGCAUCUGCCUGUACAAGGCACCCAGGCUGGCCUUGUCGCCAUUAGCGGCCAAGGCUGCCCUUGUUCCGCCCUCCAAGAGCGACCCCCGGGAGCCGGACGACGAGAUCAACCGAUAUGUCUCGUAUUUUUUUAAUAAGAUCGACAAACAUGGACUUCCCGACGAUGAAGAAUUCAGCCAGAGGGCCGCCAUGUCUCUCAACAUCAAGGAAAAGUUCAGGCUGCUCAAAGACGUGUGCGACGGCAGCUUCUAUGACCUGAUCGUCCAAGUCGCCCGGGAGCCCUGGUACAUGGCGGACAAGAUGACCUUAUAUGUAUCCGACUACACCGAGAAUGAACACUUCUUCCACUACACCUGGGACGGCCUCAAAGAUCUCCCAUCGCGGGCCGGUGGCGGCGACCCCUACGGUUACACCACCGGCACCUAUGCCAAAGACUCGGACAAGAAGGACUGGUGCGGCCCGUACGGGAAGAAGGCCAUGCAAAUCACCUGCUACGAGCCCCACGCCAGCUUCAUCCGUAGCGAAGUGAAGGCAGGCCAGUGGCUAAUGUUGCGCAACGUGCAGGUUAAGUUUGGCCGAGACGGCCAGAACCUUGAGGGCUUUAUGCGCGCCGAGCUAAACUUGAACGAAUACAAAAUCAAUGUCGACGUGCUAAGCGCCACGGACGCCGAGCCUAUAAAUCCGCGGUUCAAGGAUGCGAUCAGGCGAUGGCGCGACUACGAGCUGAGCAAAAAGGCGCAAAUCAAAGAGAUAAAGUCUAGAAAGGUCACCGGUGUCAAGCGCAAGGCUGCAGCAGUCGACGCCGGCGCCGGCCAGACCAAUAGCGCUGGCGCGGGUGCGUCGGAACAGAAGGGCCCGCGGGCCCUAAAUGGCAAGGAGAAACGCAAGAUGAGGCGUGCGGCUCUCGAGCAGCAAGCAAAGGCGGCAGAGGCAGGCCAGAAGGAGGAUAUGUGGCAGGGCCUCAACAAGCAGGUGACGUGCGAGAGCCACCCCGGCACGCCGCUUGCGUCGGUAGAAUCCAUACUCGCCCCCGUCCACUACGACACCACGGUCAACGGCCAGGCCGUGAAGCUCGAGUUGCCUUUUAUAUGCGCCAAGUACCUGACGCGCGUGCGCGUUGUUGACUUUUUCCCCCAAUCACUAGAGGACUUUUCAUGCGGCCGCCGCACAGUCGAGUUUGACGUCCUAUCCGACAACGGCGACCUCGGACGACGACGGCCGGGGGGGCGUAUAUGGGAGUGGCGCUUUGCGGUGCAGCUCGAGGACGCAUCGCCGCAGCCGCCCCCGACGACCAACGGCAAGGGCCAAAAGCCCAACGGCGUCCAGGCGCCCCGGGCGCGUUUCUGGGCCGUGGUCAACAAUGCCGAGGCGCAGUGCCUCGCGGGCCUGGACGCCACGAACCUCCGCUACGACGUCGACGCGCUCGCCCGGCUGCGCGAGCGCCUGUUCACGCUGUGGGGCAACCUCGAGGAGCUCAAGUCCGGCAAGGCCACGGCCGCCAGGCGACGGGCGGACGGCCGUGCAGCCAAAGGGCGCCCCCUGCUGCGCUCAGACAAGCUGCCGCCCGACAGCUCGGACGUCGAGGAUGGCGGCGCCGAGCGCGCCCUGUCGAACAAGCCGUUCGCCUGCUGCAUCAAGCAGUACGGCGUCCUGUCUUCUGGGAGGGCGGGUGAGCGCACGGCGUGGGAGAGGGUAUUUGGGCUGUUCGGGACCAAGAUCUGCACGUGA